AUGGGUUCUUCUUCAGCACCGGGCAAGAAAGCGCACGCUGUGUGCCUGCCGGCGCCGGCGCAGGGGCACGUCAUCCCGAUGCUCGACGUGGCCACGAUGCUCCACGCCCGCGGCUUCGACGUCACCUUCGUCAACACCAAGUACAACCACGCCCGCCUCGUCCGGGCGCGGGGCGCGGCCGCGGUGGCCGGUGUUCCGGGGUUCCGCUUUGCCACCAUCCCGGAUGGCUUGCCAUCAUCCGACGACGACGUCACGCAGGACGUUCCCUCGCUAUGCAAGUCCACCGAGGAGACCUGCCUCGGGCCCUUCCGCCGCCUCCUCGCGGAGCUCAACGGCCCCGCCACAGGCCACCCGCCUGUGACCUGCGUCGUGGCCGACGCGCUGAUGGAUUUCUCCAUGGAAGCGGCCAAGGAGCUCGGCCUCCCCUAUGUCCAGCUAUGGACGUCUAGUGCCAUCAGCUUCGUCGGUUACUGCCACUACCGCCUCCUCUUCGAAUGUGGCCUCGCACCGAUCAAAGCCGUCAAACAGCUGACUGAUGAGUACCUUGACACGCCGGUGGAAGACGUGCCGGGCCUGAGGAACAUGAGGUUCAGGGACUUUCCCACCUUCAUACGCAGCCCAGCCCCGCUGCCGUACGACUUCAUGUUGCAUUUCGCGCUCAGGAUCACCGAGCGCUCUGUCGGCGCUUCCGCAAUGAUCGUCAAUACCUUCGGUGACCUCGAGGGGGAGGCGGUGGCCGGCACGGAGGCGCUUGGCAUGCCGAAGGUCUACACCAUUGGUCCGCUCCCGCUGCUGGCGCCGAGCUCUAACAUUAGCAUGAGCCUCUGGAAGCAGCAGGAGGAGUGCUUGCCGUGGCUCCAUGGCAAGGCGCGUGGCUCCGUCGUGUACGUGAACUUUGGCAGCAUCACCGUCAUGAACAACGAGCAGUUAGUGGAGUUCGCCUGGGGGCUGGCCAAGAGCGGCAGGCAUUUCCUCUGGAUCAUCCGUCCCGACCUCGUCAAGGGCGACACCGCGGUGCUCCCUCCGGAGUUCUCGGCCGAGACGGCGGAGCGUGGGCUUGUGGCCUCCUGGUGCCCGCAGCAGCAGGUGUUGAACCACCCGGCUGUGGGCGCGUUCCUCACGCACAGCGAUUGGAACUCAACGAUGGAGAGCAUGUGCGGCGGCGUGCCGGUCAUCAGCUGGCCGUUUUUCGCGGACCAGCAGACCAACUGCCGGUACCAGUGCAACGAAUGGGGAGUCGGCAUGGAGAUAGACAGCAACGUCCAAAGUGACGCCGUCGCGGACCUUAUUACAGAGGUCAUGGAGGGGGACAAGGGGCAGGUGAUGAAGAAGAAGACGCAAGAGUGGAGGGAAAAAGCGGUCAAGGCUGCUAAGCCCGGCGGCUCGUCUCACCGCAACUUCGAGGAGUUGAUCAGCAACGUGCUAGCUCCUUGA